CCCGCAUCGACAAAAUUUUGAUUUCACCCCAAGGGACGAAUAAUGAAGCUGUAACAAUGGCUAUAUUCCCGUUCUCUCUCGUUCUCUUCGCUCUGAUGAGGGAUGAAAAGUACCCGUACAAGUUUGAGAAGAGCCAACGGAUCAACGAGACGUGCAACAGUGAGACGAACAGAGAAUCGGCCAGUGAGAAGAGGAGAAAAGAAAAAAUGAGGAUAAAAAAAAAAAAAAGUCACACCCCAAAGGAGUUGAGGGGAACCUGGACCGGGAAAAAAAAAAGGGGGCGGAGAAGCUGGCGGGGAUAUGAUGAUUUGGUUGAGAAAAGUGAGAAACCUGCUGAUGCCAUCUAUCUAUUCUUCAUUAGAGUAAAUUGUUCCUAUUCUGUGGUGUAUGAUGAUGAUGCUGUUAUAGUACCCGUAUCGGUACCCGCAUACAGGCAGUCUAAUCGAUCACCGCCCUUCCUUGAACUCUUCUGGUCAUUGUUGUUAUUAUUUUCCCUUUCUCUCGUCCAGUUUACCUCCAGCCUUGCGUUCGUUGUGCAGUCGACAACAAGAAAAACUUGCCCCCAAUAGAAGCCCUUCUGUUCCUAACCCCUUCAACCCUUGCCACCCAGUCAAUAAGCAGGACAAGGGGAAAGAAAAAAAUUGUUCGACAAAACCAUUUCCACCCUUACCCGAACACCUCUCCAUUAGGGUACAGCUAUCGCCAAGCUGGAAUUUUCGCUGCUCUCUGCUUCCCACCUCAGGGCAAUCCCCCCCGCCUCCCACUACCCUUCUAAUACAAUCACCGCUUCCACCCUCAACUCUCUAUCAACUUCUCCAUCACCUCAUACGCCUUCUGUACUCGAUUCCCUUGCACUCUCUCCUUCACCGUAAAUAAAAAUAAGAAAAAUAAAAAGAGAAGAGAAGAGAAAAGAAAGAAAGAGAGAGAGAAAGAGAGAGAGAAAGCAGAAGGCUAUCGGCAGCAGAAGCAACACAUCACGGCCAGCGGUUGGUACUCUCCCCCCUAAGAAAAUCACAGAGAGAAAACGAUGAACGGCGACGUCGGUGUCAAAAAAGCCACAAUGAAUAAGAUGAAGCAAGUUGCGAACGCGGCCACUGGAAGCGGCGCUAUUGCAAACGGUAACAAGAAGAGGAGAAAAGGUCAGGAUCUGAAGCCCAUCAUCACCGGGGAGCAGCAGAAUGGCAGUUCGCCGCCCGUACCUGCGACCGUUGCGGGUGACAAGCAGAGUGAUGUAAACACACAAUCUCUAUUAUCGCAUCAAAAACCAACCUCGACCGUUGCCAUUACUACUACCCCACCCAAUGACACACCCACAUCCGCGACGUCUGCAAACUCUAGAGUCUCGUCAUCAUCACGGACAGGCGAAGAGGAUGAAGGGAACACGGCUGACGAGGAGGAUUACGAGGAUUAUUGUAAAGGAGGAUAUCAUCCUGUCACGGUUGGAGAAAAGUUCAAGGAUGGCAGGUAUGAAGUACUUCGGAAACUAGGGUGGGGUCAUUUCUCUACCGUCUGGCUAUCGAGGGAUGAACGGACCGGCCAACACGUAGCUUUGAAGGUUGUUCGAAGCGCUUCCCAUUACACGGAGACUGCCUUGGACGAGAUUAAGCUACUCCAACGGAUAGUCGCUGCUAAGCCGACGCACCCUGGUAAAGCCCAUGUUGUAUCCCUGCUGGAUUCCUUCGAACAUAAGGGGCCCAAUGGCAACCAUGUUUGCAUGGUGUUUGAAGUGCUCGGGGAGAACCUGUUGGGAUUGAUCAAACGGUAUAACCAUCGUGGAAUACCCAUGGGCCUCGUCAAGCAGAUUACGAAGCAGGUUUUACUGGGCCUCGACUACCUUCAUCGGGAAUGCGGCAUCAUCCAUACAGAUCUGAAACCGGAGAACGUUCUGAUUGAGAUUGGGGACGUAGAGCAGAUUACCAAGAAGAACGGCAGCUUGGCCCCUGGAGACAAAGGCGACAGAAACGGGAGGCGCAGGAGAAGGACCUUGAUCACUGGGAGCCAGCCAUUACCCAGUCCAAUUAGUGCCAACUUUGCACAUAGACACGAUGACUUGCCGAGCGCAGGUGGACUGAGAAAUAACCAUAGUUCACUGAGCCGGUUAAUGGCCAGCGCCACCGCAGAUUCUAAUGGGGGUUCAGAGACGUCAUUUAGUAGCGGGAACGGGAGGGACUAUCUGUCGUACAAGGUUCGGGAGAAGACAGCGGAUGUCAUAACCAGAGAGGUGUCCGGAAUAUCGCUCGAUAAGACGGGGUCAGAUUCCGAUAUGGUUCCGGGACUUGAAGCCAUCUCUGUCAAAAUCGCAGAUCUCGGGAAUGCUUGCUGGGUAAACCAUCACUUCACCAAUGAUAUUCAGACUAGGCAAUAUAGAUCCCCGGAAGUCAUCCUUGGCGCUAAAUGGGGAGCUAGCACGGAUAUUUGGAGCAUGGCUUGCAUGGUUUUUGAACUCAUCACUGGCGACUACUUGUUCGACCCUCAAUCAGGCACCAAGUACGGCAAGGACGACGACCAUAUUGCCCAGAUCAUCGAGCUUCUCGGCAGCUUUCCCCGUCACCUCUGCAUGACGGGCAAGUGGUCUAUGGAAAUCUUCAACCGCAAAGGCGAACUCCGAAACAUCCACCGCCUCCGCCACUGGGCUCUCCCCGACGUCCUCCGAGAAAAAUACCACUUUUCGCGUGAGGACUCUGAACAGAUCUCCGAGCUCCUGGUGCCAAUGCUAGAACUGAACCCGGAGAAGCGUGCGAAUGCCGGUGGGAUGAGCAAUCAUGGCUUCAUUAAGGAGGCCAUAAGCAUGGAGAAUAAAAACGUAGAUGUCGUCGUCGGAAGUAGAGGUGGAAUCGAAGGUUGGGCGUGCGAGGUUAAGAAGAGAUAGACAAAGACUGAAGGGAGUCUUUCUUUAAUCCUUUCCUGUUUUUCCGGUUGCUUUCUGAAAUUUCCUAGCUUUAUUAUCUCUUUCUAUUAACUGGACGUAUUAUUCUAUUAGGGGUCGUUCUUUACUUUUUUACAUUUUUUUUUUUUGUGCUUUUUUCUUUUUCCACUUUUUUUUUCUUCGCCUUUAAUGUGGAAACGUGCUGGUGAUAUGAUAGCUGAGGGAGUGAGUCGUGGCGGGGCAAGUAGAGUAGAGACGGGGAUAUGACAUGUGGGAUAGCUAGCCGAUAGCAAACUAUGAUAUGAUGGUAGAAUCGCAUAUCAGCGCUCAGGAAGCAAGCAAGGAAAGUAUGGGAGGCGUGGUGGCGGCGGCGGGGGACAGAUACUUUACGUACUAAGCUAUAUAGUAUGCCACCCUAGAAACUUUAUAGAGCUUACCAUACCCACUAUAUCUACAAAUCAUGCCAUAUUA